UUCCAUUUACUCUCUCUUUUUAGUUUUUGUUUUUGUUGCAAGCAAAAAGCCUUCGUCUCGGCGACGGCGAGUAGCAGAGAAGGGAGAACUCUCUCGCAUCCAUGGUCGCGACCGCGAGCGCGUAGGAGCGACGAAAUCUCAGUGCGGAAUUCGUCGGGUGUUUUCUUCUUCGUCGUCGUCGGGUCAUUCAGAGCAGUUCUCGGGGCAGGUGUUGGUAUCCCCGCCAUGCCGGAAUCGAGUUCAGAUCCUGGCAAUGGUAAAGGCGGCAAGAGGAGCCUCCCUUCCUGGAUGGGCUCCGGGGACGGCGGCGAGGGAAGCAGCCCAGGCAAGAAGAAACACACGGAGGAGAGCCACGAGACGGAUCAGCGAAUGCCGGAUUUCUCCAAACUUUUGGAUGGGGUCGUGUUUGUGCUGUCAGGGUUCGUGAACCCUGAGAGGGGCAGAUUGCGCUCCCAGGCGCUGGACAUGGGAGCUGUGUAUCGGCCUGACUGGUCGCCGGAUUGCACCCUUCUUGUUUGCGCAUUUGCCAGCACCCCCAAGUUUCGACAAGUCCAGUCGGAGAAUGGAACCAUUGUCUCAAAGGAAUGGAUCUCAGAAUCUCACAGCCAAAGAAAACUUGUUGACAUUGAGCCUUACCUUAUGCAUGCUGGAAAGCCAUGGCGACAAAAUAAAGAGCUAGCUGAAUCCAGUCAAGAUCGAAAGAAGCCACAUAAAGAGCAUGAAAAGCAACUUGAGCAGUCUCAUGUCAAGUCACCGCCCGCUGCUAAGGCAGGACAUUCAGACGCUACUAGCAAACAUUUUUCGCCCUCAAAUAUUAAACAAUGGGCACUGGAUGAUUUUGCGAAGACGGUAUCAUGGUUGGAGAGCCAAGAAGAGAAGCCAGAGCCAAACGAAUUAAAGGCAAUAGCUGCUGAAGGGGUAAUCACUUGUCUGCAGGAUGCGAUAGAAACUCUCGAUCAAGGCAAUGAUAUUGAGGGAGUGGCAGAUCAGUGGAGCUUUGUCCCCCAUGUUGUUGAUGAACUGGUGCGUCUGGAUACAAGAAGAAGCGGGCGAUCCUUAUCUAAAAAACAACUCACUGAAUUGGCAAUAAAAUGCAAGAAUAUUUACCAGGCUGAGUUUGCCCACAUGGAUAGUGAUGACAAGAAGGGCAAGGAGCAUCAAAGCAAUUCUCCCAGUGUUAAUCGGCCCGGGAAGAUUACAUCUGGUGAUGCUCAGUACGACAGUGAUGAUACAAUUGAGAUGACGGAGGAAGAGAUCGAUCUUGCUUGCAGACAGUUCUCAGGGAUCAGUAGCUAGGUCAAGAAAAGUUAUUUUCUGAAGAGAACACUCAAUAUUAAAGCACGGUAUGGUCGACAGAGAUUGAAUGCACUUGUUAUGGCUUGGAAGCUUCUAUCAGUUUGAAUGAUACGCUCUUUUCUUGAUUAAAUUUUUGGAUGUUGUA